GCGAUAUUUGUCAAGACUCCGUGAUUUGGCCAACAGCUGAUUUUUAGUAAGCAAAGGGCUGGGAGGAUACACAGUUUUAAGAAGAUUAAACAUAUAUUGCUGUUGUACAAAUCUAUUUAUUUAAACAAAAAAAAUGGCCGAAACAGACCCGAAAUCGGUUCAGGAUCUCACAGCAGUGGUGCAGACAUUGCUGCAGCAAAUGCAGGACAAGUUCCAGACAAUGUCAGACCAGAUCAUCGGGAGAAUUGAUGAAAUGAGCACCCGCAUCGAUGAUCUAGAGAAGAACAUAGCAGACCUGAUGACUCAGGCAGGAGUGGAAGAGAAUGAAGGAGAGAACAAGGUCAAAGAGGGAGGAGAGGCCUCCUAGUAGAGGAUGCUGAGAAAACACUAUACACACUAUUCAGGAUCAGCAAGAUUUUCUCUAUGGUGACUAACAUAUUUUGGUUUGAUGUGAUGCUUUUUUUAAAAAAAUAUAUAUAUAUUUAGCAGGAAUUCAAGUCAGUCUUAAUGCUGUGACUGUAUGCUACCCUUUUUCCUUUAUGGACGACAAAGAACUUUUUAAACUUGACAUCCAACUGUAGAAACAAACCCUGCGUUACUGUAAUAACAGCACUAGCCCAAGUGCCAACCUAACACCAUUCCUGUUCAAAUAAAUUUGUUGUUGAAUUAAA